AUGGCAAAAGCACCGGCAAUUUACCCCAGCCUGCAGGGUAAGACUGUCGUCAUCUCAGGCGGCGCGGAAGGAAUCGGUGCUGCCACUGUCGAGCUUUUUGCAUUGCAAGGCAGCCAAGUGAUUUUCUUAGACAUCUCCAAAGACGCAGCGCAGAAGACCAUCGCCCAUGUUGCUUCACGCAAUCAAGAUGCCGAAGCACGCGGGGGUCCUUUUAUCAAGGUUCCAAUCUUUUACUAUUGCGACUUGUCCGAUCUCCCCGCAUUGCAAGCAACGGCAGCCAAGAUUUUGGAAGACCACGGACCAGUGCAUGUCUUGGUCAACAAUGCCGCUGCGACUGGCAGUGGCGCACGACUGGAUACAGAAAGUGUCACUCCAGAAGCCUGGGAUUUCAAUAUCAAUACGAACCUGAGACAUGUGUUCUUCCUUUCUCAGGCUGUUAUUCCGGGGAUGAAGCAGGCGGGGGCCGGUAGCAUUGUCAAUUUAGGAUCCAUCACCUGGCGCAUUCCUGCCGCUGACCAACCGGUAUAUGGCGCGUGCAAAGCGGCAAUCAUGGGUCUUACACGUAUGCAGAGCAAGGAAGUUGGCGCCUCGAACAUCCGCAUCAACAGCGUCAUGCCGGGCGCGAUUGCGACAGAGAGGCAAAAGCGGGACGUUCUCACGCCUGAAUAUCGCGCCGAGGUCUUUCGCGGUCAGAGCUUGCAACGUGAUCUGGUUCCUGAGGAUGUCGCAAAGGUGAUCGUUUUCCUAGCAAGUGACGAAGCCAGCGGAGUGACAGGAAGCACAUAUGUUGUUGAUGGCGGUUGGGUUAGUGACCCUUGA